AUGGUCAAGAUGGUGUCCGACGAGGACGAACAGCGCAGCGAAUACAUCCCGUGUUGUGUGCUUGCCGUCCGUCGCCGUGCACAGCUGCUAGCCGAUUCGAGCCAGGUGUUGGUUGAUCAACGGCAAUGGCCAACGCUGUCGAAGCCACAGCCGACCCAGGCUGGCAAUAUUUGCGACCUCCGCCUGAUAAAAGCACCGUGCUGCCGGUUGAUGCUGCUCAUUUCCGCUGACCAAACGGCGGGCUGUGUUUUUAACGUGAAACGAGUCGUCGUCGAGGCGAUAAAGUUUACCUAA